AAUGGAGGAAGAAAUCAACAACAGCAACAAAAAUAAUAAUAUUAAACAAAAAAAUGAAAAUAAGCAAGAAGAAUUAAAUGAAAAACAAAAGGAACGAAAAUACCUAAUAACAAGAAAUUUACAAGAAAUUUUGGGGGAGGAUAAAUUGGUUAAACAAAUAAUAACAGGGAAAAAUAUACAUGUUUAUUGGGGAACUGCAACAACAGGAAGGCCACAUGUUGGCUAUUUUGUACCAAUUCAAAAGAUUGCUGAUUUUUUGAGAGCUGAUAUUAAGGUCACUAUUCUUUUUGCUGAUCUUCAUGCAUCUCUCGAUAAUUUAAAAAGUAAUUUUGAAUUGUUGGAGAAUCGUUUACUUUAUUAUGAAUAUGUGAUUAAAGCUUUAAUGACCGCUUUAAAUGUUCCUUUAGAAAAGUUACAUUUUGUACGUGGUCAAUCUUAUCAAUUGUCUGAGCCUUACACAAAAGACUUGUUACGGUUAUCCUCUUUAGUUAGCCUUCGAGAUGCAGUUAGGGCUGGCGCUGAAGUUAUAAAACAAAUGGAUGAUCCUUUGCUUAGUGGCAUUUUGUACCCUUUACUUCAGGCAUUAGAUGAACAAUAUUUAAAAGUUGAUGGACAAUUUGGAGGAUUAGAUCAAAGAAAAAUAUUUAUUUUGGCUGAGGAACAAUUACCAAGAAUUAAAUUAGGGAAACGUUUUCAUUUGAUGAAUCCAAUGGUUCCGGGCUUGACAGGCUCAAAAAUGAGCAGUUCUGAAGAAUAUUCAAAAAUAGAUUUACUUGAUGAUCCUGAUGUUGUUAGUACAAAAAUUGAUUCAGCAAAUUGUCCAUCAAUUGAAUCUGGUAUUGACAAUGGGGUUCUAGCAUUUUAUCAGCAUGUUGUUUUUCCAAUUAUUGGAGGGAGUAUUAUAAUGAAUAACCAACAAUUUUGUGAUUUUCCGAGUCUUCAAAAAGCAUUUAAAGAAGAAUUAAUUAAAGAAAAUGAACUCAAAAAUUAUCUUAAACAAUUUUUGAAUGGAAUUCUUGCAAAAGUACAAGAAAAUUGUUUUAAUACUCCAGAAUUUAAAGAAAUACUUUCUAAAGCUUACCCAAAGGUUUUUGUUAAUAAUGAUGAUUUUAGUAAACUUUGUGUAAAUAAAAUGGAAGAAAAAAUUAUUUCUGAUUUUGGUACUUUUGGUGAUAAAUUUGAGUUUAUUCCGUCAAAAAAUAUUACUCAAUCUUCUUUAAUAUUUAACAUGGAUUCAUCAGUAGAGCAAUCAUGUCCUUUAAAAAUUUUGUGGAGAUGUUCACCAAAAGGAAAUUUUACUUUAGCACAUAUUUAUUCUCUUGUUCAAUUGAAAAUUUUUUGUCAAAAAGGUUUUCAAUGUACAAUUUUAAUUUCUGAUUUGGAUGCUUUUUUGGAUAAAUUAAAAUGUCCUUGGCAGGAUUUGAAGAAACGAACAGAAAAUCAUUUGAAGAUAUUAAAACAACUUUUAAAUCUUUUGGAAAUGGAAAAUGUGUCUAUUUGUUUAUCCAGUGAUUAUGAAUUUGAAAGUGAUUUUACUCUAAAAAUGUAUCAGGCUGUCAGUGUUGUAACAAGGGAUCAAACGUCACUAAUUUCGGAAGCAAAUACUGUUGGAUGUCAUCUUUGUCCAAUAUAUUUUGCUUUGGAUAUAUUUUAUGGAAAUUAUGACAUUGUUUUAAUUGGUCCAAAUCAAAAAGAAUUUGCAGAUUUAGCUUUAAAGAUUAAUAAAGAAUUAAAACGAGAGGACACAAACAUGCCGGCUUUUCUUAUUUUGCCAGAAAUAAUUGGAACAGAUGGCCUUAGAAUGAGUGCUACAAAGCCAGAUUUUCAUUUAAAUAUAAACGAUGGGUUGAAAAAAAUUCGACAAAAAAUUGGAAAAUCUUUUUGUGAACCAGGAAAUUUGGAUAAGAAUGUUGCUUUAGAAUUGUGUAGAAAAAUUGUUUUUCCUUUUGCUGAAUAUUUGAAAUGGAAGGAAAAAAAUAUUGGUGGGGGUGGAGCAGAAUUUAAAGAGCUAACAAUUAAAAGAUCACCAGAAAAUGGGGGUAAUUUAAUUGUUAAAAAUUAUCAAGAACUUGAAUCUUUGUUUUUAUCAUUAAAUUUACAUCCUGCCGAUUUGAAAGCUUUUCUUGUUGAACAAUUAGAUGCAUUUUAUUUUGAGCCUAUUCGAAAUAAUAAAAAAAUAAUGGUAAGUAAAUAA